AUGGCUGUUGUGAUUGAAACGACUCUUGGCGACAUUACGGUGGAUUUAUAUCUAGAUCAAAGACCCGUAACAUGUUUGAAUUUUCUAAAGUUGUGCAAGAUGAAAUACUACAACUACAACCUAUUCCAUACUAUAAGAAGUGGCUUCAUAGCUCAAACAGGCGACCCUUCUGGUGAAGGUUCUGGCGGGCAAUCUAUAUUCGGUCUGCUGGAAGGACCAGACAAACGAUUCUUUUCUGGUGAAAAAAUGCCCAAGAUCCGUCACACAGGCGCAGGUUUACUUUCUAUGGUGGGCACUGGAGACAUGAUGAUCGGAUCACAGUUCUUCUUCACCUUGGCUCCUGAUUUAGACUCCUUGGAUGGAAUUCACUGUGUUAUCGGCGAGGUUACUGAGGGACAUGAUGUACUGAGGAAGUUGAACGAUGUUAUAUGUGACGAGGGCUACCGUCCGUAUCGCGAUGUACGAAUAACACACACUGUGGUACUUGAAGAUCCUUUCAAUGAUCCUCAUGGACUGAGAGCUCCGUCAAGAUCACCAUCUCCAAGUGCUGAGCGUCUGAAAGGUGGUAGAAUAGCUCCAGAUGAGGAAAUUGAUGAAACGCAAGGCAAGUCUGCGGCUGAAAUACAGGAAAUGAUUGAAGAAAAAGAAGCUAAAGCUCGUGCAACUAUUCUAGAAAUUGUAGGUGACCUGCCAGACGCUGACAUUGCUCCUCCUGAAAAUGUUCUAUUUGUGUGCAAACUAAAUCCAGUUACUACUGAUGAUGACUUAGAAAUUAUAUUCAGUAGAUUUGGUAAAAUUGUUAGCUGUGAGGUCAUAAGAGAUAAAAAAACUGGUGACUCUUUACAAUAUGCUUUCAUUGAAUUUGAUGAUAAAAAAUCAUGUGAAGAUGCAUAUUUCAAAAUGGAUAAUGUACUAAUUGAUGACAGAAGAAUUCAUGUUGAUUUCUCUCAGUCUGUAUCAAAAAUGAAGUGGCUAGGCAAAGGAAGAGGUGUAAAGUAUUUCAAUGAUGAAGAAGCUCAAGAAAGGGAAAGAGGAAACAAUGUGAAGAAUGACAAGCCUACACAUUCUAAAAACAAAAAUGAUGAACAUAGAAAUAAUGAUAGACAUAAUCACAGCAAUAAUAAAAGGCAUGAUGACCGUGAGAAAGAUAGAGACCGAGAACACAGAUCAGACAGACAUAGUAGACGUGAAAGAGAAUCAAACCACAGGGUUGAAGAAAGAUCACAUAGGAAGAGAAGUAGAAGUCGUUCAAAACGUGACCAAUCGAGAGAUGGCAGAAACAAUCAUAGCAAUGACAAUAAUCUAUCAAGAAAAUCUGAUAGAAAUGUCAAAGAAUAUAAUAGAAAUGAGUCUAGUAGACACAAUAAUGAUAAAAAAAGAGAUGGUUCUUCUGAUAAUAAUACCUCUCGCUAUUCUAAUAAAAACAGUAAAGAUUAUAAACAUGAAUCUAAUAAGAAAGAAUAUGAAAGAAGUAGAAAUAAUGAUCAUAGUGUAUCAAAAAAUUCUGAGAGAAUCACCAGAGAGUACAAACAUAAUUCAGAUAGGCAUGAAAAUGACAGAAGUAAAUCAAAUCAUAAUGAUAAAAACUGUUCAAGGAAUUCAGAGAAAAAUGUCAAAGAGUACAAACAAGAGUCACAAAGAAAUGAAUAUAUAAAAAAUAGACAUAAUUCUGAUACUGAACCAAGGACAAAGGCAUCACCAGCCAGUCAAAAAGAGCCAGAAAAAUCUGUAGAACAUAAGUCUAGGCAUGAGAACAAUGACAGAAAUACUGAAAGAGAUGUACAAAAUAAUAAACUGAAACGUAAAAGUGAAGAUGAACCAGUAACAAAAAGUAAGAGACAUAAGAAAGAUGGUCAGAAUAUUGAAGCCAGAACUCCCACUCCUACUGAUACUAAGAAAAAACAGAAACCCUCGACCAAACACAGCUCAAAAAAGGUCAAAACUAAGAGAGUUGUUAAAAAGAAACGUAAACCAUCUACAUCAUCUGAUAGUUCAACAGACUCAAGCUCUUCGAGUAGUACUGAAUCUAGUUCAUCAAGUGAAGAGGACCGUAAGAAAAAGUCUUUGAAAAGGAGGAAGAAAAAGUACUCCACCUCUAGCACUAGCAGUAGUGACAGCACAUCCAGUUCAUCAUCAAGCACUGAGUCCAGUAGCUCCUCCAGCUCUAGCUCUGAUGAUGGUAAAAAGAAGAAAAGUAGAAAACAUUCUAAUAAAAAAAGAAAGUUAUAG